GUUUGCGCUUUCCUCUCUCCUCCUAGGUCUUUCUCUCACUCCCUUGCUCUUGCGCUGUUCAUCUUCGCUCCGCUCCCAUGGCUGCCAAUCCCAAGGUCUUCUUCGACAUCGCCAUCGGCGGUAGCCCCGCCGGGCGCAUCGUGAUGGAGCUGUACGCAGACACUGUGCCCAAGACGGCGGAGAACUUCCGCGCGCUGUGCACGGGUGAGAAGGGUAUCGGCAAGAGCGGCAAGCCGCUGCACUACAAGGGCUCCAAGUUCCACCGCGUCAUCCCCGACUUCAUGUGCCAGGGCGGCGACUUCACGGCCGGGAACGGCACGGGCGGCGAGUCCAUCUACGGCAUGAAGUUCGCGGACGAGAACUUCAACAAGAAGCACACGGGCGCGGGCGUGCUGUCCAUGGCCAACGCCGGGGCCAACACCAACGGAUCCCAGUUCUUCCUCUGCACCGUGCCCUGCUCCUGGCUCGAUGGCAAGCACGUCGUCUUCGGCCAGGUUGUGGAGGGGCUCAACAUCGUCAAGGACAUCGAGAAGGUGGGCAGCUCCUCGGGCAAGACGAGCAAGCCCGUGGUGAUUGCCGACUGUGGCCAGCUCUCUUAGAUCUAUCUGCAGCGAGCGAGCUGCUUGACUUGAUUGUUGUGUCCUUUCUAUGCUAGCUGCUCUAUCUCUCUCUCUCUCUCUUUUGCAUAUCUCUUGCUUGUUUGUUGGUUCGAGCUCUGGAAUGAAAAACGAAAAAAAAGGAUUAAAGCUCCCAA